AUGAACUCAUACGCUGCAAGACUUGCCUCAUUCACGUCAUGGCCACACGAUAGUGACAAUCCAUUUGAUUUCCACGCUACUCGAUCACCGGAGUGUCCAUUUGUACGUGCAACACAGCAGAAAAAGAAGGACCGGAAUCAGAAGACUCGACGCCAGCAAUAUACGAGAAGGUCUCUACAAGCCACUCAGCCAGCUCACCAAUCCACUCAGCAAGCCACUCAGCCAAAGCACUCAGUUAAGCAAGAGGAGGAACUACAACAGACAAAUGCGGAGAAGACUGCGGAGAAGACUGUGGAGAACAUUGCGGAGAAACCAAGCGGCAAUAAGGCCACCAUCGUCAAGAACACGGCUCACCUCUCCACAAUCCCACGUCAAAUCGCCACUCAGCCAGCGGAGAACGACACUAUAAUUUGGCCUAUUAUCCCCACUAUAUUGAUGUGGUACAUCACUGCAAUGAGCACACAAGAGAAGGACCUACUACGUCGAUCGCAGCCAAUUGGACCUCUGCAGGCAAGGGUCACCUAUCGGACGAUGCAUAUUUGGACGAAUUGA